UCAUCAGUCUUAAUUGGGAUAUUUUCUGCACUGCCAAGUGAUAAACCUUAAAAAAGAUUUCCUCGUUAUGUUUCACGGAGAUCUUGCCUUGAUUAAUUCUGUCUAGGUAGCGGGAAGGAUUCCGGAAAAAUUUCUGGACGAAUAGUUGAUUCAGACAUGCAUGAUGUUGGACGUUUCCUCAAUCGGCUUCUAGGGCUUCCUCCUGAGAUUCAGAACAAGCUUUUUGAGUUAUUUGUCUGCAUCCUUGAUCUUCUCAUACAAAAUGCACGUACGGAAGGACAUUUGGACUCUGGGAUCGUUGAUAUGAAAGCUAACUCCGUCGAACUGCAAGGAAAUCCGAAGACUGUCCAUGUCGAUCAUAUGUCUGGGGCAUCCACGAUGCUGUUUACUUUCACUUUGAAUCGAGGAAUGAAGUGGGAGUCUGCACUGUCUUUGCUUGAGGAGAAGCAGAAGGACUAUCCUGGUUUGCCUAAUAGUGGAUUUUACGAGUCCAGACGGGAAUGGUUGGGAAGACGGCAUUUUAUAUUGGCAUUUGAAGGGUUCUGGAUGGCGUAUACACCUUCGGCUAUUUUUGAUUAUAUUAUCAGACAAGUGUUGGUUCAUGCUGCAGUAGCACGAUAGAUCUAGUACUGUAUGUAUGAUUUCCAUUUCCGAUGAUUGGAUUUAUGGGGAAAUAUUACUAAAACAAGCAAUUCAUUGUGCAUGCAAGCUUUUUAAGCUAUGAAAAGAUAGGGUUUGUUUACGUGCCAGCAUUUUGGUUC